CGCCGACGUGAACAAGGGAUGGGAAAUGAAGGCCUACUGCUGAGAGCCUCCUGCAGCGGUUCGUCGAGCCUCAGCAAGAGCGAGCAGGGUGGCCUGCGGUAGCGCGAGCACAUGCUGCGGAUCUCGCGGCUGCCAGGCGCACGCAGAUCUGCCCCUCGCCGCCCUUGCCGCAGACCAGCGUUGGGUGCGUGCAAGCCAGUCAAUGUAGCGUGUGUGCAAGCGCUCCCUGCGUGGUGCAGCUUGCCAGCAUCCAGGUGUCACACAGCGCACGAGAGGUGGCGCUCGCGGGAAGGUCGGCAUUGCUCAUGCCGGGCCGCGACGUGCGCAUGCGGCGCUGGGUGCUGCGAGCGGGACGAGACGUGCCUUUCUUCCUGGAAGCUCUCGGCGCAACGACGCGGCCCUUGACCCGCUCGCUCGGCCAAGACGAGUGCCACACAACAAC